UCAUUGCCCCACGGCUCUCACGGUAAACCUUACAUCUCGCGAGACUUGGUUUCCUAGUUCUGACGAGAGCGGGAAGAGGCGUUCCCUUUCCUGGUCCAUCGAGGCGGCAAGAUGAGCAAGGUCUCCCGUGACACGCUGUAUGAAGCGGUGAAGGAAGUCCUUCAGGGGAGCCAAACGAAGCCACGCAAAUUCUUGGAGACUGUGGAGUUGCAGAUCAGUCUGAAAAACUAUGACCCACAGAAGGACAAGCGUUUUUCUGGCACCGUCAGGCUCAAGUCCGCUCCGCGGCCAAAGUUUUCAGUUUGUGUGUUGGGGGAUCAGCAGCAUUGUGACGAGGCCAAAGCAGUUGACAUCCCUCAUAUGGACAUAGAGGCUCUGAAGAAACUGAAUAAGAACAAGAAGCUGGUCAAGAAAUUGGCCAAGAAGUACGAUGCUUUCCUGGCCUCUGAGUCCCUGAUCAAGCAGAUUCCUCGAAUAUUGGGCCCGGGACUGAACAAGGCUGGCAAGUUUCCUUCUCUCCUCACUCACAAUGAGAACAUGGUAUCAAAGAUGGAUGAGGUUAAAUCCACUAUCAAGUUUCAAAUGAAAAAGGUGCUGUGUUUGGCUGUGGCUGUUGGCCAUGUCAAGAUGACCGAGGAUGAAUUGGUCUACAACAUCCACCUGGCCAUCAAUUUCCUGGUAUCUUUGUUGAAGAAAAACUGGCAAAACGUGCGGGCCUUGUAUAUCAAGAGCACCAUGGGGAAACCCCAGCGCUUGUAUUAAUAACAAUACAAUUGGUUUUGUCUACCUUA